UUAAAUGUUAUGUUUAUGACUACUUUAAUAUUGUCUCAUGAUUGUUAUGUUGUUGUCAUUGACCAGCAUGACCUACACAGCGAAGGAACAUCCGGGGAACAGCCUCGCCACAUCGACUACGAGAACACGUACAAGCUGGAGCCGGAAGCGACCUUUAACCCGGAGAGGGUAGAGUCCAUCAUUGGUACGGUCCUGAAAGAAAACUUGGAGGGUCAGACCUACCAGAGGCACCUCAUGGGCAACCGUUGCCUAUUGUUAAGCGACAUCAUUAAAGAGAGAGUGAAGAAAUUGAAUCUGCCUCGAUUUAAAAUCGUGUGCGUUGUUUUGAUUGGUGAGAACAAGAAGCAGACGGUAAUGAUCUCUUCCCGCUCUCUCUGGAACCAAUCAUGUGACAACUUUGCGUCAUGCGAGUACUCCAAGGGAAACAUUUACGCCGUAGGGAUGGUGUUUGCUGUUUACCAGGAAUAGUUUUAGAACCGCGAUUAACGUCACUCCACAGCUUGUAUUUUAAUCUAGUGAAUUUCCAGGAGGUCCUAGAAGUCUUGCUUUUAUGUAUAUUAAAAACCUAUUUUUAAAUCAAAUUUAAUAAACUCUAUGACUACAUUGAAAA